AUGUUGUUCAUUCAAGAUGUUAACAAGGUUUAUGAAGAUGUAAACAAGAAAAUCGAAGAACUUCGUGAAGAAAUGGCAAAGGAAGUUGCAACACUAGAACACAAUUACUCCUCUCUUCAUAAGAAGUUGGAUGUUAUUGCUGAUGUUGUGACUAAGUAUGUGACUAUGUAUGAGUCUCUACAUCCUAUGGUUGGCACAAAGGAGCUUUCACCACUCGCCAAACUCACACAAAUUAUGCCAACUGAUGCCCUACCUAUUGCCACAGGAGUGAAAGGGUGUUAG